AUGGCAGCCUUUUCGGUCCAGAAUUCAACUCCUCCGGAUGCAUUCAAUGCGUGUCCGGUUGACAUGGUGAACGGAUCGUUGGACUCCACCGAUAUGAUGCAAAAGUACAAGCUGAACUAUGAGGAGGAUGUUUCCAAAGCGCCUGGUGUUGGUAAUGCAGUUGUGGAAAACCAUCGCACAUGCAUUACCGACUACCCGGUGGUGGAAUCGCCGGAGCCCCAGCAACAAAGCGGGGACAUUUGCUUGACCGAUGUCGAAUCGGCGAAAGCUACUCAUGGUACGGGGAGCGAAGCGUCCGUAAAAUGUGCGGAUAAUGGGAGCGAUAUGGAUGCUGCGGACGGGCCAGGUAAUACUCAGAAUGCCUGCCGCGACGAAAAUGCGGGCUGUGCCGCCCUCUGUGACGCUACAACGCUUACUCCAACUUCGGACGAUCCUACGUGUAUGGACGAGUUUAACGAAAGUGGAGAUGAAAGCGAUAAUACGGCAGAGUCAUCAAGCAGCACGCCGUCCGUCUCCCCCGAGUGCAUGAUGGGGCUGCUGUCUCGCUACAUCGACUGCACCCCCCAGCUGCACACUACAUCUAUGCGUUUGUUGAUGACUCGGGAAUCCGUCGGCAAUGCUGACGUGAUUCCUUCACAGGUCAUUCGCUACAACCACACCAAAUUGGUGCGCUACGAGGGGCUACGGGAUUUCCUGGAGGAGGAACCCUUGUUCAAGUGCCUGAAGCCAGAAUUGCCGGAUAUGGACAGUGAUGAGGAGCCGUCUGUAACUUCGGACGAGGGCGACCUCCCGAAGCUGCUGGUGGUGCUCGACCUUGACGAGACACUGGUGCAUAUGCACGAGCGUCCCAACGACCACUACGACUACAUGGUGAACAUCGUGGAGCGUGACGAAAAUGACUCGUCCACCAGCAAAGAGAAAACCUACAAGCCGGAAAUAUUUGGGUUCACAGUGCACUCUACGAUGAACGUGUCCCUGCGACCGGGUGUUUUGGAGUUUUUCAAGUACCUUAAGUCGCGGUCCUCCCAGUUGACCGUUGCGCUCUACACCGCUGGAACGCGGCAGUACGCGAAUGCCAUCAUCCACGCGCUGGACCCGGAAUGCGAGGUUAUAUCGCCAUCAGUGCGCUACUUCCGGGAGAGUUGCGAGGUGAGCAGCACUCCCCUGUCGCUGCGGUGCCUGCCUGCGAACUGCAUAGGAAUCGGCAAUCACCACCGCGAUGAGCCGGUGCCGCCGUUUUUCCUCAAGAAGGAUCUGCAGAUCUUUGACUGGCCGCUGAGUCGUGUGGUCUUCUUCGACAACUCGCUGCUGUCCUUCAUGAACAACCCCGAGAAUGGUGUGUGGAUACGCCCAUGGCGCGGAGCCCAGCCGUUCAUUGACGACGGCAGUCUGGAAUUGAAAAUUGAACCAGCCCCGGUACAGAAGGAAGGCAGAAGCCUGCCCGGUCAGGACGGCUUAUACGAGUUCACCCAGGUGGUGCGUCUUUUGGAGGAGCUGGCCAAUGAGCGCGAUGUGCGCGAAUCGCUGCGCCGCAAAUUCACACUGUGCGAUGUGGUCGCUGCUGCUUUGGACAACGAGGACGAAUCCGACAGGCUAGAUGUGUUGCUCAUGACGUGA